CCCCAAGAUAUCAGACAAGACCAGAGAAGAUACGAAUAGCGAAACCAUGAAGUGCCGAGGCGCAGUUAGUCUAUCUCUACUCGCAGGUCUCCUAGUUGGGGUAAUGGCCGGCGACCUUAUGGACGACCUACGGCGAGACUUAGAACUAGGCUUGUUCGCAAGACAACAAGCUAUAACAAAUUUCCAGCAAUUCACCUCCGCGCCUCUAGGGAACCAAGCUGCUGCGCAAAUAGUAUCUAACGAUGAUUCUAAUGAUGCCAAAAACAAACCGUUUAAGAUAGAAGGCGGGCAGAGAUCGAAUGGUGAUACUUUCAGCGACUUCUCUAGCGCAUCGAACCGAGUGUGCGACGAUCAAAAGAACGAUUGCGCCGACCUAUCUAAUAAGGGAGGCGCCUCUUUCAAGGUCUCAGAUUGCGAUACACAAGAUAAUGCAUGUAAAAAGGCCAACACGCCAACAGACGAGGACGACCAAUUUCUCUAUUUCUGUGACUAGGAGAUAUGCCGUGACGAGUUGGUUGGGUAUAGGGCUAACAUAGGCCAAUAGUAUUGGAGUGGUUGCCAACCUUCAUACAUACUGUCAUGUGGUGGUUAGAAACACAUUUCAUACGAAUUAGCGAGCUCGACUUGAGCCCUUCGCUUCUAUGUACGUCCACGGAGUCAAGGUGUUGGGUCAAAGGUUUUAUGUAUUCAGCACGAAUAGGCAAUCUAUUGUACAAACGUAAAGUCUUGAUGAUCUAGUCCUCGUCGAACUCCCCAACGUGGGCGACCUUGCUCCCCGAAGCAAGUACAUUUGUCGAAUUGUCCUGACUGACAGAUUUAGAUGCAUGCGAUGGUGCCUAGCAAAGGGAGGAAAUAGAGAAGAAGAAAAAAGA